UAUCCAGAAAAUGUUCAAUCACAUCUCUAAACUAGAUCCCUUAGCCUAUAAUUUCCCUAAAAAAUAUUCCCAAUUUUUACUUACUAACAUCACUAUUUAAUUUAUUAAAACAUUUUUAAGCAUUUUUAAAACUCCCCCCCUCCUUCCCCUGAUUGGCGAUUUCCUGCAAACUUUGUCCAGCUCCUUUUAACAAUCCGUUUCCAAACCAUUUUACUUCCCCAUCCUUUCUAAGCUGUUUUAUGCUAAUUCAAGUCAUUGGUUCGUUGGGACACGGCCCUGCAGUUCAUUGUUUGAUCUUUGUUGAUGCCCUGCCUCUCUUUCCUUUGUCCCCAAGUCCUUCAGAUCUCCAUGUAGUGGUUCCUUUGAAUGGGCAUGAAUUGGAGAGGAUGAAGUUGGACAGAGUGCUCAUCCACGAAGACUAUGACUGUACAAACUUGAACAACGACGUUGCUUUGCUCCUGCUGGCUUCCCCAAUAGACUUCAGUGAAGAGAGUACUCCCAUUUGCCUGCCCACGCUGCAGGACCUUGGCGUGUGGCAAGACUGCUGGGCGGCAACUUGGAGAUCCACCACGGCUGGCGACGAGAACACACCGAUCAGAGUGCUAAAGAAAACGGAAAUGUCUCUGGUCAGCAGGGAGACCUGUUCGAAGAGCGUAGAGCAGCUGACGGAGGGCAUGCUGUGUGCUGUCUCUGACGAAGAAGGGAAGGAGACCUGCAAGGUAUAAUAAGCCUGGCUCUGUGCUGCUGUGCCGCAGGCUGGGGAGGCAGGAUGGAUGCGGUAAUGAUCUUCGAUCUCUUCCCCGGGCUUCCUGGGGGCUGCUAAUGUUUCUCUACACAGCCUCCGGAGAGAUGGGGAAGACUUAUUUUAGCAAGCUAACAAGUAGGGGGAAGUCCUGGUCACCUUCAACUUGGGAUACAGGGAUAUAUACAAGCCGUGUCCCCCAGGGGAAGAGAGAUGUCUUCAUGUUCCUUUAUCCCUCCUUUCGAUUAUGUUUGUUCCUCUCCCUCCCUUUUCCCUUUUUUCCUUCCCUCUCUUAUUGUUCCCUCUCCAUCCCCCUCCUCAUUUUCUUGUCCUGAAUUUCUGCCUCCACUGAUACACCCUGUGUGUGAUCGGAGGAGUGAGCCUGUGGCUGGAGGUGGAAACACUUUAGAAAGGGAUGCAUAUUCUUUACUCAAGAGGAGGUUUUGCAGAGGGUUGAAACCAGGGCUUCCUCUCCCCCCCCCCCAGCCGGAACUCACCAGAACUUAGUUCCAGCACCUCUCAGGUGGGCACCAUUGCCAUUGUAAGAGAACGAGGGAGGUGUUUUUUUGGUGAGUUCCAGCACCUCUUUUUCUAGAAAAAUAGCACUGGUUGAAAAUGUAUGGAAAAUGCAGAAGUGAAAGGGAACAAGGGAGGGUGAGGAAUGUGGGGAAUUUAUAAACCACGUGAUUGCUAUUUAUUAUCUAUGGUGCGCCUAGGGAGCCAGUUAAGAUCGGUAGACUCAUAAUCUGGUGAACCGGGUUCACAUUCCCACUC